AUGAUUCGAAUAAAGACGUUGUUAAUAUACUUCUACUUACUAAGUAGUAUACCUGUUUGGGCACAAAAUCAACCUGGAUUACGUGCUUCUGCAAAUCUUCGUGGUCUUCAAAUUGGAGCGGCAGUUGUAGUUGAUCAAAUACGUCAAAAUAUUGAUUUUAAACAAUAUAGUGAAAAAAUUCAAAGAGAUUGUACUGUAGUUGUAACGGAAAAUGAUUUCAAACCUAUGCGUAUUUGGUUAGGUGAAGGUAUAUAUAAUUGGAAUGAAACUGAUUUUCUUUUGGGUGCUACAGCAAAUUCAACAGGUUGGGCUCAACAAAAUUUAAUGAAAGUACGAGGACAUACUUUAGUUUGGCCAGAUGAUCGACGUAUUCCAAAAUGGUUAUUGGAUCAAGAAUCUUCAAUAACAUCAGAUAAAGCAAAAUUAUUAUUAAGUGAUUAUAUUCAUAGUGUAGUUGGUCGUUAUCGUGGUAAAAUACUUUGGUGGGAUGUAAUCAAUGAAGCAAUCAAUGAUACUAAUACUACAAAUCCAUUAAAUUUACGUGAUAGCUUUUGGAUGCGAAAAUUAGGUCAAGAUUUUCUUAAAUUUGCUUUUCAAUUUGCUCAAGCAGCUGAUCCGAACGUAAAACUCUAUUAUAACGAUUAUGGUAUUGAAAGUAUUGGAUUAAAAGCAACUCGAACACGUAAUUUAGUAAAUUGGUUACGAUCACAAGGAGCUACCGUUCAUGGUAUCGGUUUACAAUGGCAUAUAGAUUUUUCAAGAUCAAUCGUUCGUGGUGAUGGACAUUAUCAAAGUGCUCAACAAUUUAUUAAUAAUCAACUUGAUAUUUCAGUAACAGAAUUAGAUGUAACUAUCCCAACGAAUGGUGGUUAUUUGAUAGAUCGUGCAGAUCUCUACAAGCAAGUUAUCGUCUAUCGUGCUAUGUUAGAAUAUGCGAUUUAUUUUUAUCCUAAAUGUGAAGCAUUACUUACUUGGGGUUUUACUGAUCGUUAUAGUUGGCUUCCAGAAUAUUAUAAAAACAAUAGAGGUGCUGGUUUACCUUUAGAUUGGAUGUAUCUAGCAAAACCUGCAUUUUUAGAAAUGCAGGAACUAAUGACGGGUGUUGUUGUUGAUGGUGUUUAUCGUCUUUCACCUCAGUUACAACCAGAUAAAUGUCUUGGUGCUUCUCAAAUUGGUAUUAAUAGUAUUGUUCAACUUUACAAUGAUGAAUGUAAUAAAACAAAUCAAAAAUGGAAUAUAACAUGGCUUGGUGAUGGAACCUAUCGUUUCUCAUUACAAAGUACUCAAAAUUUUGUUCUUGGUACGUACAAUGUGUCGGCAUCAUUAGGACACGUUCAAACAUAUAAUUGGUUAGAUAAUGCCAAUCAAAGAUGGGCUUUUUCUGCAAAAGGUAAUGAUAUAUUUCGUAUUGUACCACAAACAGCAUGGUGGAAAGUAAUGACUACGGAUGGUACAUCAAAUGUUGGUAUUGUUGAUUAUUUUACCAGUAAAUCUCAACAUUGGUUUUUAACUAAAGUUUAA